GUGGAGAAGAAGCGGUGCCUCAUGAGCUGCCUUAUCAGGUGUCGUUGCAGUGGAACUAUAACAAUGACACGCUGACACCGAUGCACUUUUGUGGUGGUUCUCUGCUGAAUGACCGGUGGGUUCUGACCGCAGCACACUGUCGAACGUCCUACACAACUGACGGGUUCAUGGAGGUGGUCGCUGGAGCUCACAACAUCCUGGAUGCGAACGAAACCAACCAACGACGAUCCGUCGAGCAAAUGGUCGUCCAUGAGCGCUACUGCGGCACAGUUUGUCCUUACGACAUUGCGCUGAUUCGUGUGAACGUGCCCUUCGUCCUGGGUGAUUCCGUGAGUCCAAUCCGGCUGCCCAACCAAAACGAGACGUUUCAUGGCAAUGCUCUUGUCAGCGGAUGGGGAGCAACUACACCGGCCAUGGUGCCUGUUUACCCGGAAACGUUACGGAAAGCCGUACUACCACUCGUGGACUACGACGAGUGUCGUCAGCUGUGGUAUGAUGUGAGUCAUCUUGCUGCCUCGAACGUUUGUGCUGGGCCCGAGGAUGGCUCAAAGUCCUCAUGUUCAGCCGAUUCCGGUGGCCCUCUGGUCACGAGCAACGAAACGAUGGGACCCGUCAGUGAUGAACCCGUUCUGAUUGGACUCGUUUCCUGGGGACCCUACCCGUGUGGGGCUCCAUGGCGACCGAACAUUUUCACCGGUGUCGCCUACUUCGUCGACUGGAUCGAGGAGCAUAUGCAGGCGUACCGUUGA